AUGCUCGAACAAUAUAAGUAUAGUGUGACCGCAAUACAAAAUCAUGGCCAACUUGAAAAUCGCAAAAAUCGAGGACGGGAAAUUACCCGGUUUGAUGCAACAUUCGUCCGAGUUACCACAAACAAUGGUAUUGAGGGUUGGGGCGAAAGCACUCCGUUCGAUCAAUAUAUUGCAGUACAUGGCCUCGGUAUCCGAGCCGCGAUUGCAGAGAUAGCGCCGAAGCUAAUCGGACUCGAUCCUCGAAAUGUCGAUCGUAUCAAUGACGCUAUGGAUACUGCUUUGCUUGGAAACGAAUCAGCUAAAUCGGCAAUUGAUAUUGCAUGCUGGGAUGUUUUUGGCAAGUCGGUGGGAUUACCUGUUUGUGACUUGCUAGGCGGACGAACCGAUACGCAGUUAGCUGUCCUUGAAUCCAUUCCUGUCGCGGACGAAGAGGGUACUCGCAAGCUUGUCGCAAAGUCGAGGGCCGCCGGAUUUACUGGCUUCUCAGUCAAAAUUGGAUCUGAUCCGGUCAAAGCAGCACUCGAGGACAAGAAACCUGGCGAGCAUUUUUUGAUUGAUGCGAACGGAGGAAUGACCGUGGAAUCCGCUGUCCGCAUGUUGAAGAUACUUCCUGACGACCUUGAUUUCGUGCUGGAAGCUCCCUGUGCCACUUAUAGGGAGAGUGUCUCCCUACGACGACGUACCAAUGUGCCUAUCAUCUUCGAUGAACUGGCUUCGAAUGAAACAACGAUUGCCCAAUUCAUUGCCGAUGAUGCCAUUGAUGGGAUUGGUCUUAAGGUUUCUAAGACCGGGGGCUUGACAAGAGGUCGUCGUGUGCGGGAUAUCUGUCUCGCAGCGGGCUAUACGAUGUCCGUCCAGGACACAAGUGGAUCUGAUAUUGCAUCUGCAGCUAUCGUACAUCUUGGACAGACUAUUCCGGCUCGCAAUCUACGUUGUAUUCUGGAGUGCCGUGCGAUGUGUGAUGGCAAAACUGCGGAUGGGCCAUUCGAUGUGCAUAACGGUCAUCUGACAGCGCCGACUUUGCCCGGUUUAGGUGUCACUCCGCGUAUGGAAGUGCUUGUGGAACCAGUUGCCACUUACUAUUGA